AUGUCAAAAGCAAUUAAUUAUUUACAUAUGGAAAAACCGCAGAUAUUACAUUGCAACAUUAAAUCAGCCAAUUUUCUGUUAGAUUGUGAUAAAAAUGAUGAUUUCCUGGUGAAAGUAAGUGAUUUCGGUUUAGCUAAAACAAUUGAUGAUAGCGUCAGAACAACAGCUACAACUGGUUCAUUCGUCGGCACACUGCAAUGGGCAGCACCGGAACUUUUAAAUAAAAAUAAUGGUUCCAGUUAUACAUCGAAAAGUGAUAUUUAUAGUCUUGGUAUUGUUCUUUGGGAAUUAGCAACGGCUAAAAUGCCAUACGAUGGUUAUAAAGAGAGCGAAGUGACCGAAAAUAUAAUGAAUGGAAAACAUUUAGAAAUACCAGAUAGUGUAACUAAUAUUUAUCGAAAAACCCUAGAAGAUUGUUGGCAUAAAGACCCACAAGAACGACCAGCAUGUUUAGUUGUUCUACAUCGAUUUAAACAACUAAUAAGUGGACAAAUGACUGAUAAUAUGAAUACGUACAAAAUUAUUGUCCAAACUGGUAGCCUACCUGGAUCGGGUACAGAUGCACAAAUCUAUUUAAUUAUCUAUGGUACCGAUAGUGAAACAGAUAAAAUCGCACUAAGAAAUAAUAAUAAAAAUUUUAUGAAAGGAGGGUAAGUAAUGAAGAGGGUUUUGUUCUUAAGAGAUUGUUUAUUAGCUUAAAGCAACUGUAGUAUUAAAUUACAGGUGCGUAUUUGUUCUAGAACGGAUAAAUUUGAAAUUUAUUCUAAAUCAGUUGGACAAAUAAAAAAGAUCC